AUGACAACGCGGACAAAUUUAAAUAAUAAUCCAUCAUUAUAUACUGAUCAUUAUUUAAGUGAAAUUGAUGAUGAUUUAACAUCACUAACUGAUUUCGAUUUAUUAAAAUUUCAAUUAAUACGUCAACGAAAAACUUUAUUUUCUUUUAUUGAAUUACUAAUAAAAACUGAAUUAUCUUAUGAAAAUAUUGUUUUACGUAUUGAUUAUGAAAAUUUAUUAAAUAAACAAAAUCAAUUAAAUAAAGAAUAUAAUUUACUUAAAAAUGAAUAUCAACAUUUAGGACAAACUUGUUUAUAUUUAAUAAAUAAGACACAUGAUUUAAUUGAUGAACGAAAUAAAUAUUAUACUGAAUGGCAAACAAAUAAAUCUUUAUUAACACCAAGACCUGAUUGGGAUAAAGUAUCAAAUGUAAUUGAUGGUGGAAUAGAACGAUGGAAAAUUUUAUCUAAUGGAAAAUCCAGUGAACACUUAGUUGAUAUAUUAAUUAAAGAAAUUAUUAAUGGAAAUCAAAUAGAACCAAUAAACGAACAAGAUUAUUUUGAUGCAAUUGGUGAUGAUUUAUCAGUUUUACCAUUUUUACGUAUACCAAAAAAUAUUCGACUAUUUAAUAGACGAAUGAGACGACGUACGACAGGACUUUUAAUUAAAGAAAUUUGGACAGACAAAAUUAGAGAUACCGAAGAUCGUAGCCUGCAAAAUUUAAGUCGAACAAAAGAAUACAAUUCUCCUGAAUCAUUGUCUUCUCCACAUUCAUCAUCAGAUAAUAAUGCAAAUCAAAACAAUAAAACAUUAGCUAAUCAUGUAGCUGCCUAUUUUAAUAAAAAAUUUAAUUCUCAUAUGAUUGCAAUUGAAAUGGGAUAUAAUCUAAGUGAUGCAUGUCAACGUUAUCGUAAUUCGGAACGGAUUAAUUUAUUUUGGGGUAUUAUAACUGGACAAAUAGAAGAAAUGGUUUAUCAUCAUCAAAUGAAAUCCAUAAGUCAAUUAUUACAACAUUUAAUAAAAAUGAAAAAAUUGUUUUCAACUCAACAAGAACCAUUAUCAACAAGAGCUCGAAGAGCAAUUGUUAGUGAACCAAAUUCACCUCUUUCAGUAAUAGCUAAUCGUCGAUUAUCAGCAUUAUCAUUAUUUUCUGUGAAAGAACAUCAAGAAUCAACAGUUUUACAUAAUGAAUUUGUAAUGACUAAUGAACAAUUUUUUGAAUCAUUAAAACUUUUUUAUUCAAAUAAAACUUCGUUACAAAUUGAUGAAUUAUUUCAAUCUGCUAAACAUGAUCUUCAAUAUUCCAAUGAAUUAAUAGAAUUUAGUUUAUUAUUUAUGGAAGAUGAUGAAACUCGUUUUGGUGAAUUUCUUUCAACAUUAAUUAAACAAAUAAAUCAAGAAAAAAGUUCUUAUGUCGAACAAAUUAAACAGAUUCUUCUCGGUUAUCCAUUAAUAACAGUGUCACAAUUUUGUCGUGCUAUUUAUAUGACGGAUCCAAAUAUAAAUCAAAAUGAAUUACAUCGAUAUAUUGAAUGGGUUUUUUCAAUAAAAAAUUUUCAUUCAUCACAACAAAUAAAACCUUUAGAUUUAGAAGAUUUAUUAAGACGUUUAGAAAAUUGUGCCUGUUUUAAACAUUAA